UUUAUGCAAAUCUGCUCCAGCCGAAUAUGGACACGGAGGAAUGAAAUAUGGUGGAGGAGGCGAACAUGGACGACCGAGGACCGUGAGAGCGCUGGGAGUUCGUUACCAGAAAAGUGGAUGUAUCUCCGAGGGGACUUUUUCAGUGCGCAAACUUUAGUGGAAACUUUACGCACGGGGCGUUUUUACUUUUCACGGAGCAGAGCGGCGAGGCGGCGUAGUGUUGUUAUGCGGUGAAGAGGAGCGACUUUUUGGGGGGAUAAAAAGCAGGGCAGGGGGCUCACCAUCCCGACGCUAUGCCGUGGCUGAGCGGCGGAAAGCGGAGAGAGAGCUCGGAGCUGCCGCUGCCCGCAGGCUGGGAGGAAGCACGGGACUACGACGGAAGAGUGUUUUUUAUCGAUCACAACACACGGCAAACUUCAUGGAUAGACCCCAGAGAUAGGAUCACAAAGCCACUGACGUUCGCUGACUGUGUCGGGGACGAGCUGCCUCUUGGAUGGGAGGAGGUUUACGACCAACAAGUCGGAGUGUACUACAUUGACCACAUCAACAAAACUACACAAAUAGAGAACCCACGCACACAAUGGCGGCAGGAGCAGGAGCGCAUGCUGAAGGAGUACCUGGUUGUGGCCCAGGAGGCACUAGAGGCCAAGAAGGAGAUGUACCAGAUCAAGCAACAGCGGCUGGAGCUGGCCCAGCAGGAGAUGCUACUGUUCAGGGAGCUCUCCGAGGACAACCGCUCCCUCACCAGCACUCACUCCAGCACCUCAUCGAAUGCAAAAUACGACCCUGACCAAAUUAAAGUGGAAGUGGCUUGUAGACGUGAGCGGCUGUCCCGAUUGAAGCACGAGCUGGCCCAGGUGAAGCAAGAGCUGCAGUUUAAGGAGAUGGGAGUGGAGACGUUGCAGGAAAUUGACAGGAAGAUGUCGAGCAGUCAGACCAACUACAAACUGGACGAGGCUCAGGCCAUUUUCAACGAGCUACGCAGCAUCAAGAAGGCCAUCAGCUCUGGCGAGAAGGAGAGGCAGGACCUCAUACAGAGCCUGGCGAAGCUGACAGUGAACUUCCAGAGCAGCCUGUCGAUCGGGGACUCGAGUGGAGACGUGAACCACAGUGGGAGCUCCGACUGUGUGCUGCAGCAGUACUGUGACACAGGCUGCCAGACCGAGCCACUGGGGGAGUAUGGCUCCCAAGACUCUACCCAUUUGGUGGACAAAGUGAAACUGAACUGGCAGUACGAGGAGGCCAAGAAAAAGGUGCAGAGUAUCCAGCACCAGCUCGCACAGCUGGACAGUGAGAGCUGGAGUGGCCGCGCUGAGGCCGACAGAGACUUCCUGCAGCUGCUGAAGGAAAAGGAGGCUCUGCUGCAGGAGUUGACCCUGCUCAGCAAACAGCAACCGUCCCAAGACACUCUACUGCGACUGGAGCAGGAGCGCAGCCGCCUAGAGGACGAGGUGCAGCAGGCACACAGCUCCCAGAGCCAGGGGGCCAACCAGAGGGUCCUGCAGCAGGAGAAGAGGAAUCUUUUGCUGAGACAGCUGGAGGAAGCAACUCGCAUCACAACGUAUCUGCACUCCCAACUCAAGAGUCUGUCGGCCAGUUCGCUGACUGUUUCCUCCAGCAGCAGCAGGGGCUCUCUGGCCUCAAGUCGGGGGUCUUUGGCCUCUAGUCGCGGCUCGCUCAGCUCCAUCAGCUUCAGCGACAUCUACGGCCUGCCCCAGUUUGAGCGCCAUGAAGGAGAGCCUCUGGACCCCCACCUGCGAUACCUCCUAUCCCAGGACACUGGCAUGUUUCCCCCAGACCCCCUGUCCCAGAGCAAGACCAAACGAUCCCAUGAUACACCACAGUCCUUAGCAUCCUUGUCGUCCCGCUCCUCUCUCUCCUCCCUCUCACCUCCCAGCUCGCCCAUGGAUACGCCCUACCACUCUGCACCCCAGGACUGCCCUCUGACACAGAUGACAGAGGAGUAUAUGGAGCAGGCAGGAAGGGGGCUGCUAGAAGAGAUCAGGGCACAGUCCCAAAGUCAUCCCCACUCAGCCACUGCCAUGUUGGGGUCUGACGACGCAGGACCUCAGGGUGAGGGCAAGAGUCAUAGUCCAGCACAGCCCAGCUUCACCUCCACAGGGGUGACUCUUCGGGGCAACAGUGCAAACAGAAGUGGCAGAAGAACCAGGAGGGUCUCAGCAGGGCUGUCAGAGGACGCCCUGGCCACAGACAGUGGGGUGUUUGAAGCCUGGGGCAGGAGGGCUGAAGAUGCUGAGGACUUGUCUUAUAUCAAAGAGCUGCCAUCUGUGAAUGAGCCCACAGUGAUCCAGCUAGGACUGCUGUGGGAGUCUACUUCUCAGUCUCUGCGGUUGCAUCUGCUGCAGCUCAAGAAUCUGAACAAGUCUCUGGUUAAAGAUGGUUAUAAAGUGUAUGUGAAGGUGCACUUGGUUCCCCUGGAUGCGUCCCGGGCCUGUGCAUUUUACUGCUGCACAGCGCUGGAGCCACAGUCCAACCUGAGUUUUAAUGAGGGUUUCCGGAUCCCCGUCCCGCCCAACGCUCUGGCUCUCAGUGCUCUGCAGCUCUCUGUGUGUGCCCUGGGACCACAGGCACAGGAUGAGCUGCUGGGUAAAGCACAGGUGGGCCUGUCAGACUGUGAAAGGAGCGUGGACAUGUUGUACCACUCUCUUCAACUGCAGAUGGUGAGUCCAGAGCCCAGACCUGAAGCCAAAACUCUGCGCCAGCAGCAGGACGGUCCUGAGGAGAGGCCUAGGGUCCUGGACAAGGUCUGUAGUCUGCUGUCCCGGACCAACUCACAUCAGGAGGGUAGUGACCUGGAGACACUGCAGCAUAAGAAGAGUGAAGAGCAGAGAGAGGGACAGGCUGAAAGGAACUGGCAGGCUGAAUCAGUGGACAGUGGCUGUGGUAAUAGCACAGCCUUCACUGCCCUGUGCUCUGAGGGGCUCUGUGCUGAUGGGACAUACCUCACCACCGGAGGGCGGCGUGACAUCACUCUUACAAAAAUGCCUGCAAUCAAGGUGGAGAAGGCGACCAUGACUGAGGGACCAUUUCCAGAGCUGGUGCGAGUGCGUCCCAAAGACAGAGGAGGGCGCUGGAGCCACUCCCCGUUCAUGAGGGGCAGCACCAUCGUCCGCUCACAGACUUUCUCUCCUGGGGCCCGCAGCCAAUAUGUCUGCCGGUUGUAUCGCAGUGACAGUGACAGCUCAACUUUACCAAAGAAAACUCCUUUUGUCCGAAACACGGUGGAGAGGAGAACAUUACGAUAUAAGCAGCAGUCAUACCACUCAUCCCUGGCAGCACAGCCCACUCGCACCUCUCUGGAUCUGGAGCUGGAUCUCCAGGCCUGCAGGGUGCGCCAGAGACAGCUACUGGAGGAGCUGAGCGCUCUGCGAGAGCUUAAGCUACGGUUGGAGGAGCCUCAGAGUCGGGACACGUCCGAGUUGCCCCACUGGGCACUUCGUGAUGAGCGCUUCAGAAGGCUGCUGCGAGAGGCACACAGACAGGCGAGCCAAAGCAAACAGGAACAGCGACAGGAGGAGGCAGCAGAGCGAAGGCUGAGGAAAGCAUCCAAAGAGGUGCUGCAGAUGAGAGGGCAGAGCAAGGAGCCACUGCCUGUCCAGACCUUCAGAGAGAAGAUGGCUUUCUUCACUAGACCAAGGUUCAACAUACCUCCUUUACCGGCAGAUGACGUGUGAGGUGCAUCUUGACAAACAUGAAGUAUUUUUCUGAGCACAUGAAGUACAAAUGUCCUACAACUCAAUGCAGAUGUGACAUUUUCUAGUGUUAGCUUUGCUCAAAACAUGUUACAGACAGUUUUGCCGACAACAAGCCGACUGUUCAGCUCCUUUUUGGGGAAAUUUCUUUUUUACUCCUGUUACUUAAGAAAAGGCUGGAAGAGGGGAACAAAAGUCGGUUUGGACAAAUUCACUGUACUGUAACUUAUUGUAUAGUACUUUUCCUUGAAGGAAAUUGAAAACGCUUCGGGCUUUUUAAGUGUAUUUUUUAGCUUUGAACAAAUAGCACUUCAGUGUUUUUACAAGAUUAUUGUCUAAUUUCUCUUUCCUAAUUCUUAAAAAAAACAAACUUAUUUCAACAAAUGUCACUUUGUAAUCCACUUCUAUUACAAAAUGUUGUCUUUUGUUAUUAUGUAUUAAAAAUGAAUAUUAUUUCAUGUACUAUUCAAUAUAUGAAUGAAUAUAUGAGACACUGUUUCAGAUUUUUUUUUAAAGAUGUCUGUAUGAACUCUCUGCAGUGUUACCUCUUUGUGAAGAU